AUGAAAAUUUAUCAAUUUGUUAAAAUAUUAUUAUUAUUUGUUUGUUUAUUAGAGUUGGUAUUGACUUGUCAGUAUGACUGGCAAUGUGGAAAUAACCAACCAUUUAGUCAGUGUAGUCAUGAUGCUUUUGAUUUGUUGACUGGCAUUGGUUAUGACGAUUCAUUAGAUAGAGUUAUUCUACUGGGUAAAUUCAAUGGCAUUACUAGUAAUGCCAAUGAACCACCUUAUAUUGCAAGUUUACCUGGAAAUGGCGGUUCACCUCUCCAAGGUGAUUAUCCAAUCAUCACCGAUAGUACAACUAUCUACCACCGUACACAAGCACUCAUUCACUACGAUCAAACAUUGAAGCUUGUCUACCUUGAAGCUGCACAAUACAAUUCCUAUGGUGUCGGACCAUAUUUUUCAUCGAACAACAGUUUCGUUACUACCUGGAGAACAACCAAUUUGAUACCGUUUGGAAUGUAUGUAGAUGAGAGUACAGGCGAUACAUACACAUGUGAAUACUACCUACAGAGAAAGGCAGCCAAUGGAACAUCGAUAGAGAUGUUGCUGCAACCGGUGCGUUGUAAUCACAUAACCAGAAUCGGAGAAAAGAUCUACUAUGUCGAUCAAUCGGGAAUGUACAGUCUCAAUCGUGAUUGCAAUCAAUGUAGACAGGCGGACCUAGUUAUAAGACUUCCAUUCUAUACGACUGCAUUCGCUCGUUCCUCCAGUGCCUUUUACUUUGGUGUCACUCAUAGUUUCGGUACCAACUACACCGGUAUCUGGCAACUACCCAUCGACCGAGCAUCGGAUAUCUCCUAUCUCAAGAAGAUACACUCUUCUUCGACACACGGAUUGAUAUUCAAUCGCGAUGCUAUCAAGAUGUUUGCAGCCACCGAAGAUCACCAAGUUUUAAGAUUCGAACAGCUCGAUACUACCAACCCAACAUCGACAACCAUCUACAAUCAUAACCAAACAACCGAAGGUAGUUGUCGUUGUCGAUCAAAAUUCUCGGGUACCGAUUGCAGAACUUGUAACCCGGGAACAGUCAGAUGGCUAAACGGAAUACCAGAGUGUGUCAUCAAAGGUACUGGACCUAUAAGUUGUCUGCAAGACUAUGAGUGUAAAUAUCCCUACGGCUAUUGUUCCAACGGAUACUGUAAAUGUCAAAAUGAUUUGACUUUUUCAGAUACACUUGAUCGAUGUGAUUGUUUCAAUGGCACAAUCUCAUGGGAUAACAAUGGUUUACCUAAAUGUUCAAAAUAA